UUUAGAAAAGAAAUGAAUCUUAGUCACAAUGAAAAAGUCGUUCUUUUAAAACAUGAUAUUUUGAAUAGCCCAUACCACGUAUUUGGCUACCAUGAUGAUUGUGCUAGUUAUUUUUGUAAAGGCCCGAAAGAAAAUGAGGUUAAUCUAGUUCCUCAAAUGCAAACUUCUGGAUUAUGGGCUGAUAUCUUAGGGGCCAGAAAUAUAGUUGCACAUCAUGUAUCGAGCCUGAUCUAUAAUGUCAAUAACAAUGUGGUUGAAGGUUUUAAUAACGUGAUUGCCAAGUACGUUGGUGGCAAAAGAAUCAACUAUUCUUUACGAGGAUCCUAUGGUGCUAGGUGUCAUACUGCAGUGACAUCGUUUAAUUUGGGAUCUAACUACAUUAGUCACUUACAUAAAAAAAUGACUAAUUUAAGUCCUGGUAUAAUUACAAAAAAAUAUAUUAAAAAAGUUGAUAAAAUGUGCAAAUUAUCAAGAAGACGACGUUUAAAUUUUAAUAAAUCGACUUUUACAAUGAACAAGCGUAAAUUAUUUUCUGGACCCGAUGAUGAUUAUGGAGCUGUGGAAAUGGGUUACGAAAUAAUUGAUAUGCCUUUUGAUGAGUAUCAAAAUAAAAAGGAACUAUUUUUGAAAAAAAUAACAUUAAAAUCUGAAGAGAUAGUAGCGAUUGAACGAAGUACAAUUGGACAGCAAGAUAAUGAUAUGUGGCAACAAUAUAGAAAGUAUCGACUAACGGCGUCCAACUUUGGAAAGGUUUGUAAGCUUCAACCAACAACUUCCCGUGCAAAUACUGUAAAGCAUAUUUUGUACGAUAUUUUUCAAGGAAGUUCAACUACGAGGUAUGGAAUCGAAAAUGAGUCAAUUGCCAGAAACGCCGUUCAAGAAACUUUAGGAAUAACUAUACAGUUAGCAGGUUUAUUUAUUCAUAAAUCUCUGCAUUAUUUGGUUGCGAGUCCGGACGGGUUAAUAAACGAAAACUCGAUAAUGGAAAUAAAAUGUCCGUCGAGUAUAAAAGAAUACACACCACAGGAAGCGGUUACUCUCGAAAAAUUAAAGUAUAUGACCGAUUAUAAGGGGAAGCUUGUUUUAAAAAAAAACGGACAAUUAUUAUUUUCAAGUUUUGUGAUAGAUAAAAUAUCUAGAGAUGAAUCAUUUUGGAAUACAAAAAUUGAACCAUUUGUUACUCGAUUUUAUAUGGAGUCAUUACUUCCAGAAAUAAUCGAUUCUAGGUUUGAUCGAGGAUUACCAAUAAGACCAGGCAUUCCCGAAAAAAUUGUUUAA